AUGGAAGGCGACGCGUAUUCGACGAUUGUGUAUAAAAGUAUAGGAGAUUUGAAGAUUCACUUUGACCUGUAUCAUCCUAGACUAGAAACCCGUCCGCAAUGCCCCAAAGUCCCUGCAGUCAUCUACUUUCACGGAGGCGGCCUGACUGUUGGAAAUCGAAAAAGUUGGUUUCCUCAUUGGCUUUGUAAGCGCGUCAACGCUGUAGGCUUUGCAUUUGUGUGCGCAGACUACAGGCUUAUCCCGUCCGGAUCUACAACUGGAUACGAAAUACUCCAGGAUAUCAAGGAUCUAUUCGCGUUUUUACCCACACAAGGUUUCAGCGCCUUUGGAGUAAGCUAUCAGAUUGACAAGGAUGCAAUGGGCGUCGCGGGAACCAGUUCCGGUGGUCUCUGCGCAUAUUUAGCCGCCAUACAUGCCUGUCCGCGGCCUCGAGCUGUUCUGUCGAUGUAUGGCAUGGGGGGAAAUUUUUUUACGUCUCAUUAUAUUACCCUGAAAACGGCUCCGUUCUUUCGCGGGCGUGAGCUUCUGGAUCCUUCAAACUUCACGGCUCAUAUUUUUCCCACAUCUGCGACCUCAUCUCCCAUUGCCGACUCUCCACUAGAGUAUUACCCCCUUACAUCUCCGACUACCCCAGGAUACCCAGCGAACCCCCGCAUGCUGUUGACCAGAUUGUACUUGCAAUGCGGAAUAUUCCUUGAUUAUUACACCGGUGCACAUGAACCCAGCCUGAGCGCUACACUCCGUACCCGGGCCCCGCCCAUUCCAAUCGAAGAAUUCACCCUCAAACAUGGAAUUUUAUUUCCCCAGAUGAAUGUUACCGGUGCCUGGCCCCCCACUUUAUUUGUCCAUGGCGAGAUCGACACGGCAGUUCCCGCGGAUGAAUCCCGACAUCUUCAUUCUCUACUUGUAGAUGCCGGUGUUAAGACUGAAAUAAUCGUGAUAGACGGGAUGGAACACUCAUUUGACUAUGCACCAGACUGCGAGGAAAAAUUCGGAGCCAUUUUUGAUCGCAUAGUCGUCUUUUUGGGGAAUAAAUUAAAUGGGUAG